UCUGAGGUCCCGGUCCUCGAGGCGACGGCGGCGGCCUCCCGCGGAGUGGACUGGGCCGGGCGGAAGAAGUCGAGCCUAAGACAUUUCCGGUUCCGGUGUCAGUUCUAGGCGCCGCCGCCGCAGCCGCCGGAGCCGCGAUGCCUAAAGGAGGGAGAAAGGGAGGCCACAAAGGCCGGGCAAGGCAGUACACAAGCCCUGAGGAGAUCGACGCACAGCUUCAGGCCGAGAAGCAGAAGGCCAGGGAAGAAGAGGAAGAAGAAGAAGAAGGUGGAGAUGGGGCUGCAGGUGACCCCAAAAAGGAGAAGAAAUCUCUAGACUCAGAUGAGAGUGAGGAUGAAGAAGAUGACUAUCAGCAAAAACGCAAAGGUGUAGAAGGGCUCAUCGACAUCGAGAACCCCAACCGGGUGGCACAGACAACCAAAAAGGUCACACAACUAGAUCUGGACGGGCCAAAGGAGCUUUCAAGAAGAGAACGAGAAGAAAUUGAGAAGCAGAAAGCAAAAGAGCGCUACAUGAAAAUGCAUUUAGCUGGGAAAACAGAGCAAGCCAAGGCUGACCUUGCCCGGCUGGCAAUCAUCCGGAAACAGCGGGAGGAAGCAGCAAGGAAGAAAGAAGAGGAGAGGAAAGCAAAAGACGAUGCGACUUUGUCAGGAAAACGGAUGCAGUCGCUCUCCCUGAAUAAGUAAGCACGGCCGUGGGAGGAGAUGCCAGGGAACUGGGCCAUGCUGCCAGGACCUCUGCCGUGUCUCGCCCACCCUUUGCCCUGGCACCACUGCAGCAGCCCGUCAUGGCCAGGAGGCCCCUGCAGCCUGGGGCCUCCUCUUCAUCUUGGCACAGCAAUUGUUUAGGGAGUGUGGGGGGCUGGGGGAGGGGCAGCUGCUAUCUUUGAGACAGAAAGAUGCAGGAAAGCAUUUCAUAUGUAACCAUUUGAAUGUUUUUGCUGUUUUUAGAAUUCAGAACCCUUGUUGGGGGGGUGCCUGGGAGGUGGGGUAAGAGGAGCUCCCAUAUGUCUGGUAGAUAUGCACGUUAGUGGGUGGUUGUGCCAGGGGCAGCUGCUGACCAGUUUGUGACAACCAGCCCACCUGUGUUGCCUGGGUGCUCACUUGGAGGGGAUGUCAUCGGUGUGCCCAUGCCCGUGGCUCAUCCCUGGUCAGUCCCUUCUUACUGAGGUCUCUCCUCUCUGCCCUUCCCUGUCCCAUACCCACCUUCCUGGCCAGGGCCAGGGUCCAUUUUUAACCCUACCCAUUGAUCAUUUCAAGAAACCUCUGUUUACUGCACCCAGGCAAAACAUGCUCUACAAACUCAACUUGUAUAUUUGGCAGAUUAAACUUGACAUUAUCGUAA